UGAAGCUGUUUCAUUUGAAAUCAACUUGGUUCCGACACAAUGGUGGACCAGCUGCAAGGAAGAUGGAAGUCCGUUUCUUGUGACAAUUUUGAAAACUACAUGAAGGAAUUGGGAGUAGGAAGAGCCAGCAGGAAACUGGGCUGUCUGGCCAAACCCACCGUGACUAUCAGUACAAAUGGAGAUGUGAUCACUAUAAAAACCAAAAGCAUCUUUAAAAGCCAUGAGAUUUCCUUUAAACUGGGAGAAGAGUUUGAAGAAAUCACACCAGGUGGCCGUAAAAACAAGAGUAUAGUAACUUUAGAUAAUGACUCACUAGUUCAAGUUCAGGACUGGGAUGGCAAGGAAGCCACCAUUCGCAGAAAACUGGUAGAUGGGAAGAUGGUGGUGGAAAGUGCAAUGAAUAAUGUUAUCUGUACUCGGACAUACGAGAGAGCAUAA